GUCAGAGUCGAGGCGGAAGCGGAAGGCAAGCAGUGGGUGCUGAAACAUGGCGUGCACAUACACACGCAGAGUCAGGAUGACAGCCGGCGUGUGUGUGUUUUCUGCGUUAAUAGCGACAUGUGUGAUGCUGCAGUCCGCAUCGGCCAAGCCUCCCAAUUUAAGAGUAAUCACAGAUGGAAACUGGGAGGAAAUCCUGACGGGAGAAUGGAUGAUCGAGUUCUUUGCUCCGUGGUGUCCAGCCUGCCAGCAGCUCCAGCCUGUGUGGAAUGAGUUUGCAGAAUGGGGAGAAGAUAUAGGAGUGAAUAUUGCCAAAGUGGACGUCACCGAGCAGCCAGGUUUGAGCGGGAGGUUUAUAAUCACAGCUCUCCCAACUAUCUACCACUGUAAAGAUGGUGUGUUUCGGCGAUAUCAAGGAGCCCGAUCUAAAGAUGACUUCCUGAGCUUCAUUGAGGAAAAGAAAUGGCAGAGCAUAGAGCCGGUCUCUUCCUGGUUUGGCCCCUCAUCCUUCCUGAUGAACGCAAUGUCAGCCCUCUUCAAGUUAUCCAUGUUCAUCAGGCAUUGCCAUAAUUACUUAACGGAGCAGCUGGGCGUCCCGGUUUGGGGCUCAUAUGGGAUAUUUGCUCUAGCAACACUCAUCUCAGGAUUGGUCCUUGGACUGAUACUGGUUUUUGUCGCAGAUUUUGUUUUCCCAUCAAGACGCUUUGCGCAAGAUUAUCACUACAGGAAACUGCCUGCUGGGCAGGUACGUCUCAUGCAGCAGCUAGAAGAUGAGCAGGAAGCAGACGGAGAGGAGGAGGAUGAUGACGAUGAGUACAGUGGAAAGACUGAAGAGUGGCGGCAAGUGGACGGAGCCGAUGCGCUCAGGAGAAGAGGCGUGGGUGUGCCGGAGGAGGACACCUAGUGGACUGGAGAGAAGCUGCCUCUCGCUCACUGUGCACAAAACCACCACAGAAACCACAUCGCUACGGCAACGCCCUGGCAACGCUCUGGCAACGCUCAUCGAGCUUGAUGAUGUCACGUGUGAUGUCAUAGCUCCCUCUGAAAGAUUGAUGUGGUUGUGCUUUUUUUCUCUUUCUUGCUGCUGUUUUGUGUUUUCUCUUUUCCACCUGUCCAGUUUUAAUUAUUACACUCCUUGCUAUGCAGUAUCUCUGAAGUAUGUGUGUGUGUGUGUGUGUGUGUGUGGACUCACAGUUGCAAUAUUCCCCAUAAAUAUACUGAGCAAACCAAGAUCAAACAGUCAGCGACCUCACUGUGAAUCUGUUGAAAAUGAGGCUUUUGGGAAUAUGAAACAUUUGUGCUUUAUUUUGUAAAUAUUUUAUUAUUUGAGCUUUUUGGAUGCCUGUUAUGUAAAGCCAGAAUGUUCAAAUUGCUGUUUUAAACGUUUUUCUUCCAAGUAGAGUUCUGCUUUUUUUUUUUUUUUUUUUUUUCUGCAUUUGGUUUUUGUUUUUGAAGUUGUUGGAAAACUAGAAAAUGCCUGAAUUAACGCUUGUUUAUUAAUGUGUGUAUGUGUGUUGAUUGAUUAUUAUUUGACACAGAAUGACACUUCCAUUAGUUAAUGUCUCGUAGUACUUUUGCGUUCUAACAUUUUGCUUGCAUGAGUUUGACUCAUUUUCCACACUGUUUCUUUAAAUUUAGUUUGUUUAAUGAAAUAUAGGCAUAUGUGAUUAAUUAUAGCUGGUGUAUUAUGUUCUGUGUCAGUGGCUUUUAGGAUGUUUGUGUGAAUUCUUGGUCUUCCAACUUUUUGGAUACAGUUUAUUUGUACCCCUUUUGGUUCUAAUAGUUUUCUUAUUAUCAUUAUUAUAGUUUGACCCCUGACAUUUGACUGAUCCACUAGAAUUAAAGUGCUUAUGUUCUGCUUAUUCUCCACAGCAGAACAAUUCUAAUGUGUGAAUGUCUGCAUUUAAAACUCUAUUGCUUAAAGUGUGUGUGUAUGUAUGGGAUUGGUUUUGGAAUGUUUCUGUAUUUGAGACGGUGUGAAUCUGGACUGUUAAUAAACAGUUCAAAGCUGU